AUGCACCGUGUGACAUUUACGGACAAAGGUUGAAAUUCUUCUUCAUUCGCUAUUGUUCGACGCCGGCUAUCCAUGAGAUUCAUUGACAUUGAGAAAUUUUUGGCGGAUACAGCAAACCUCUGAAGAAACGUUGGUGACAUGUAUUGUUGUACCUCAGGGGCGCCAAAGCUUUUAUUUCAAGCGAGAGCACCUAAUCUAACGUCUCAUUCAUUGAUUAAAUCGUACGACAGUAUCGUGUAAGUAUAUACGGAUUACCGGACACCACCCUUGUUGCUUUUCGUGAUACUUUGUAACAAUCCAAUCUUGAAAAUCACUGUAGACGAAUGGCCAGUGCAAUACAUUGUUUUUGUUUUCUUCAUUGGAGAAUAUGGCCUGCGGGAACUAGCGUCUUUCGGGGGUUUCCGAGUGUGUUUCUACGUGUUUCUGUCUCAAGAAAAAGAGAGGAUUUGAAGCUUUUUUGAAUAGUUUGUUGUGGAGGCGUAAAGGCAGUGGAAGAGAGGAGUACAGCAAACCACCUGACAUUGUCUAAUCAAAAGUGUUUAAUUCGGCAUCAUCCUCCGAUGCCGUCAUUAGGAAUGCGCCAUCACAAAGGCUUAUUCGGGGAGUCGGCGAAUUUUCUUUUCGAAGGUUGAAUGGAAUAAUGGCAAUGUAAUUCAAAUCUGUCCAGCAAUCAUGGAGAUUCGCGAUAUAGACUAUGAACUUCCAGCGAGUAUGCUCGCAAUAACUGGAACACAGACACUCCGUUUCGUUAAAGUGAAAAACGUCAACCACCAAAGGGAGUUGAUAAAAAAGUUAUCAGCUAUGGAACGGGAGAAAAAGCAAAUGCUGAAUAAGAUGAAGAUCGACCAGAGGCUUCUUUUGCGGGAUCACAGCAGGUUAAUUGAGAUUGUCAGGGAACGUAAACGUCAAACAGUCACGAAUAAGAGCAUGUCAUGCGCAGAAAGGGUGGAAUCGGGUCUCAGGAUAAGCCGGAGCGCGCCGGCACGUGAAAGAAGGGCAGACUCGGGUCUUGGGAUAAGCCGGAUCGCAACAUGUGAAAAAAAGGCAGAUUCCAGUCUUGGGGUAAGUCGGAGCGCGCCGGCACGUGAAAGAAGGGCAGAAUCCAGUCUUGGGAUAAGUCCCCAGAUAAGUCGGAGCGCAUCGGCAUGUGAAAGAAGGGCAGAAUCCAGUCUUGGGAUAAGACCCCAGAUAUGUCGGAGCGCAUCGGCAUGUGAAAGAAGGGCAGAAUCCAGUCUUGGGAUAAGUCCCCAGAUAAGCCGGAGCGCAUCGGCAUGUGAAAGAAGGGCAGAAUCCAGUCUUGGGAUAAGUCCCCAGAUAAGUCGGAGCGCAUCGGCAUGUGAAAGAAGGGCAGAAUCCAGUCUAGGGAUAAGUCGGAGCUCGCCGGCGCGUAAAACAAGGGCAGAAUCUGGUCAUCGGUUAGAUCGGUGUGCAUCACCUGUAAUGAUCACGGACCACUUGUAUUCAAGAGACGAGAGUGCGGGAGUCGCCCGCGGUAAACAACCAGGGAGGUCCGCACGUCGGGCGUCAAACAGCGCAGAGGGUAACGACCUUGAAGCCUAGCAAGUGACCAAAUCAACAGAGGACGAGCAAGAGGCGUGUUUGGAAAAGCCAGCAGAGCAAACCGAUGUGUACAUGUACGAUGUUGAAAAUCACAUGGGGGGUAGGAAAAAUCAACACUUGCCUAUGACAAGUUACCACACUACGGAUAUGCUGCCUACUAAACGAAAGGACAGAACUUUUUCGCCUCAACCCCCAGCUUCAAAGCCAUCUUCAGCCAAGACUCACCGCGACUACGGCAGUGCGUUGUCUGCACGACUGACAAAUACAUUGCGAUGCGUGCGCCCAAAUCAGUGGGUAGGCCUACAGUUAGCUUAGCUUCGCGACUAUUAGUGUUCUGUAUUUUGCUGAAGUUCAGAGUCUCUUGUGUUCUGAUGCCCGAUUCGAGAGGGCAGCACUGGCGAUUAUGGACAACAGCAACAACAAUAAACAGCAACAACAACAACACACACACGAACACCAACGAUGAAAUACAUAUCAUUGUAAGACCAGUUCUGCCGUCUGAAAUCCGCCAACGACUGGGCUUCGUGCAGUUUUUCCGAGCACUCCUUUUUCUCAGUGGCAAUGCUUGCCCUCAUUAUUCUGGGAACGCUAGAAAACGGGGUGAUUGGUUUCUCUAUGCAGCCCUGACAUGUAACAAAGCAUUUAUUCAAGAACCUUCAUUUGACGAAACGGUUAAAUAGUCCGUCAAUCUUUUGGUAUAGGUACACUAAGAUAGCGGAUACCAAAACCGAAAGCAAUGAUUUCUAUGCUGCGUAGAACUCGGCGUCUACGCGUGGCCUCGUAAUCUGCACACAAAUAAGUUAAAAACAAACGGGGAUCUCGAUCGUCUUUUAUUCUGAAAAACUAUCUACAUUCUACCACAACAAACACCAGGCGGCAGCACUGACCUGCCGCGUAUCUAAAAGUAGAUUGGCAACAGGCGCCAAAUACAAAUACCUUGUGUGGUACAUUACAUAUGCUUCCUCCAUGUUGAAGCUUGAGCAAGCUUUUAUACGCAAAAUACCUGGCGAUGAGCUUCGUUCGUCCGUCACGAUGGGAAUUCUUUUUUGCGCUCGAUCUUAUUCACCAACCAGUGCUAUGUAUAUAAAUUUCUCUUGUAAAUAGCUGCCUACCGUGCUGCAGGGCAUCAAUUACUCAAUUCAGGUAAAAGAUAAGGUUAGCACGGCGCACUCCGUCAGUGUCAUGCCGUGUUGAGCAAACUAGUUGCUCACUUUAAGGCAACUGGCUGAGAGGCGAAUGCGUUGGGCUUCCACUCCACCCAAAUUGCCUGAUACCCAGGUUACCAAACAGAGUUAUCGUGGCAUGUGGAAAGCCAGAAGUACAGGGCAAAUAGGACGGACACUUUCAACAACAGUGCUAACAGAAGACAACCAAAUGAUGGACGAUUACUUAGCAAAUGAAUGCCGGGAGUUUUACCUCACGCGGCGGCGGAGAGCGGAAGAGGUUAAGGAGAGGCUGCGAGAAGACCAACAAGACAGGAACUCAGUGAGACAUUCAAAUCUCGACGACAUGAUGGCCGACCUACGAAAAGAUAUGGCCAGUCUAAUGGAACGUGACUUAGCUUUGAUGGAACAGCUUCUUAAGAUGAAUGACACUAUACAAGACCUCAAGUGGCAGUCUUCUCCUAUUUCGAUGUCAAUGUCCAUGUCCCUGUGUUCACGCGAAUCCUUAACUGACAGUAACUGUACACUCGCCUCCAGUACUGUUUCUAUACCAUCAGAGGACAGCGGACUUUCGGGGUAUGAAAGCGCCCCUAGUGUAGACAAUAUGAAAAUCUUAUUUGACAAUACGUGCAAGACGUGUCCGAAACAAAAAGGAAAGGACGCAAAGGAAAAAUCAAAAGAAUGUAAUGUCGUACAAAUGAAAAUGGACAAAUUAGUUCCCUUGUUGACUGUUUCUAAUGUGAUGGUGGACCAGAAAGGAUACCAUAGCACGCAGAAUUCAUUGGACUCGGGUUGUGGGGACUUAAACUAUCAAUGCCAAGAGGUGUUUUGAGAGUCCAGGGCGACAUGAGACUAAUUUAUGACGAUUGUUAUUCAUGGGAACAGUCUAAUAGGCCCUAUCUCAUUAUGAUUGUGGGACGUGCAAUUACCUCUCAAGGUAUACCUGAGGAAAGACCAAUGAGGUCCAAGUGCUUUGUUUAUCUUUUUAACGCCCACCCGGGAGUCCUUUUACUUAUUUCACCUCGAACGACGGCUUCGGUGGCGUGAUGGACCAAAGACCAGUGGCCACCUCGGCGAGAUGUCGUGCUCGACAGACAACACAGCUGAUGUUUCCAGUAUUUAUUUGAGGACAUUCUUUGAAAACAGUCAUUGUGAAAGACUCGAGAAAUUGCUAUAUGAAGAGUAUAUACAUUGUAGAAUCAAUCGCUGUGAUGUGUUGAACAUAAUUUGGGUAGGAACAAAAUCAUUUUCGAUGACAACAUUUCAUAAAAAAGCUUCAUAGAACAAAUAAAACCAUGUUGGAAAAGCAUUUCGCAAAAACGUAUCACCCUUUCCCAUUUACCAAGAUAUUUCGAUACGUCGAUUUGGUUUCGUCAUCAACACCUCACCGCGAUUUUCUGAUAGUGCUUCAAAGGUUGUAUAAAUAUGUUACACUUUCGUAUAAAUUAUUUCGACAAGCGUUAAAAGCGCAUAUAGUUGUAGUUGCGAUCACGGCUCUACAUCCGUGUUACGAUUGUAGCAGUGUCAAGUGUAAAUAUUGACUGCUGUAAUGACGAUUUAAAAAGUAGAAAUGUUAGAUGACGGAAAAACUAGAUAAGAUCGCCUGUACAUUUUAAUGCAAAUUUCCUAUUUUCAUUUUGUUUGCAUCAGUAUGUCACAAGUGCGUCUUAAAAACAUUGGUUUAUGAGUUUCCCCGAUGUCAGGUGCAUGAUCACCUCCUCGAUUUUUAAAACAGUCAUGUGCUAUAAAAAGGAUAUAGUCAUAUAGUCCGACUUUCUUUGACGCAAUGUAUAAUUGACAUUAGGAUGGUUACCCCUCUACCAAGAAUAUAGUAAUAUAUAUCUUGCCUAUAGCCUACUUAACACCAUGACGGAACUGUGAUGGUACAAUCAUCACUAAAAGUAAUUACGUGUACUAAUAAAUAGUUGAUAUAAGCCUGACAGGGACAGAAAUAGAGGUAUAACAUUUAAUGUCUAUAAUUCAUGAUAGUUAUGACGUAAACUGCUUCCGGCUAUUCAUUUCGGACCGGGAAUAUUUGGCCACGUUCUUUAUAACUUUGAUAUUUUUGGCUACAACUAUCUCUAUUUAGAAACAACAAACAUUGGCCCUAUGUUUGCUUAGAAACCAAACGUUGUGGUCCACAACAGUCAAAUGCACGUUGAAGUCCAUGAUGGUCAAAUUUAGACAGGAGUUGGUAUAAUUAUGGUAAUUGUCAAUUUCUACACCUGAAAAUUAUGAUUAGGUUUCAGAAACAAGAGAGUGACAGUUCCCAGUGUCCGAAACGAAUAGGUAGUUAAUGCAGUUAUAUUCGGCUUGCUAACCCACUAACAAAAUAUUUCAGUGCAGUCGACAAAUUGGCCACCAAGGAAAGGGUUAAUUUCACAGCCCAUGUGCAUGCCUUGAGUGUUGCUCUGCAAUGACCAUUUUGUCGCCUUUUCGUAGAGAACAAAAUCUCUUUACCUCAGCUUGAGACAAAAGGGUCCAUUAGUGAUUUGAAAAAAACUUGGCACUCUUGUUCCAUAUCAAAAAUACCUCACCUUCACCAUGCAUCAUAAAGUCAUGAGACGACUCAAAGCGCAUAAUACCUCAGGCUGGGGUCGAGUUCGCCGGCCUGUUUCUAUACAUCAUAGACCUAAAUGUACAUCAGGAAGGAACACACCCAGGAAGUAACAUUUUCAAAACAACAUAAAUUUGUAUCUAAUAUCAUCCAAUCAACUUUCUGCUGACCAAGUCAUAGUUUCAUGUUCAUGUAAUAGGUCCGGUUAGCCACAUUUAGCCUUUUUUCAUUUUUCACUGGAAACUUCAUUUGCUGGGGGUGCUUUCUUUCAUUAAUCUGUGCAGAUGAGGUAUUCUACCCUCAUCUUUGACUUCAAGCUUUCGAUCUUUGACAAACUAUUCAAGUCUUCGAGGCCUUUAAAUCUUAUUCUGUACCUCAAGCACCUUCAAUAUGAAAUCUUAUUUCACAAAAGGUUUGACUUGAACUUAUUAAUAUUAGGUACCUUCAUUUGUAAAAAAUAUCAACAUAAGUUUUUCGUGCCACGUAUAUCGAUAGCAUUUGCCAUGUCUCGUUGGCUGCGGACAUACGCCCCACUUGUGCGAUAUACAUGUACGCCGCGGGAAGGCGUUUACGGGGAGUAAAGGAAUAUAUGUAUACUGCUCUAUACGUUCUGUCUGCUCCGUCUACCGCUUAGAAAGUAAUGUAGCGAGCUCUUCUGUGUAUACUGUUGCUUGAUCAUCAAGAACAGAUGCUAAUCAAAUGAGUCAUGGGAGGGAUGUUAGCAAACGAAAUAAUAUUUCCGUUUCAACUGUUCAACAGGCUGCAUAUUAUGAGUAAGAAGCAGCAAAGGUGAAAAUCUGGCUCCUCACGCCGAGUCAAACUCAAAAGCAACCAUGCUGACAAAACAAACACUGGCUUGAGUGUGCUUUUGAUCAUGGAUACUUAAAAAUUAAUUCAACCUUUAAGAAUCAUAAAAAUUCACCAACGUUUUUGCUAUCAGAGCACAACAUAACAUGUAUACAAUAUAAGUAUUUUGUUAUUUCCAUGUACUGUAUACUCUUACUACAUUACUCUUUAACAGUGUAUUCAUGAGAUAAAAAAAUCAAAGCUUUCCAUUUCUUAUUUUUUCAUAUACAUGUAGGUGGGAUCUUAUACUUUUCCUGGCAUAGACAGACAGGUUCAAGGGACCACAGCUUUUCGUCUCAUCCGAUAGACUCUUGUUUUAUACAUUGUAUACGUGUUGUGAAGAGCCAGUAAUUUCAGUUCCCUCGUAGCCACGCCAGUUCAUCCAGUACAAUCCAUGUACGUGCUCUCCACGCGGGAUCGAACCCGCGCCCUAUUGCGUGGUAGCCAGCAGUGUUAACCACUACAAUGUAAAUACAGUAGGCCCUAUGUGCUAUAUCAAGGCGUUGAAACAUUCAUGAUUCUUAUUUCGUCACGAACUUAGAUUAUUCAUAUGUAUUAGCAUGUAAUAACAGUUUAUUGUCUGUCAUGCAAAUAAACUAUUUCUAUCAAAUUUA